UGGUCAGGCUGUGGGAUGUCCCUGGCCGUCACCCACCCUCUCUCGUGUGUCCACCCGCUCAGGGAGGAGGCGUCCUGCCGGGUGUCCGUGGAGCAGAGUCCAUUCGUCCUCGGCCUCAGCAGCGAGAACGGAGAGCUGCUGCUCGACGAGUGCGUCCAGGUCACCGAGGGCGCGAAGACCACGGAGAGACACCUGUUCCUCUUCGCCGACGCCAUUGUUCUCGCCAAGCUCAAGGCGACCGCCGGCUACCGGCUGAAGCACCGGGUGGGCCUCGGCCACAUCUGGCUCCACAGUUUGGAGGACGAGGCGGGGGGGGAAGACGGAACGGCCGGGGACGUUGACCUCAGGGUGACCCUCGCCCUGGCCUGGGAGCUCACCUUCUGCCUGGUGUGUUUUCGCUCGUCUGAGGUGAAAGAGCGCUGGUUAGAUACUCUUCACAGAAAAAUCAAAGACGCGAAAGCGAGGGCCGUGUGUGCUCCUUCACCCCCCGACGUCCUCAUGAAGGUGUUGAGUGGCAGCAUUGUGACGAAGACCCUGGCAGGAGGUGGCAUGGAGCAAUUCAUCGAGCUUCCACUUGAUGGCGACGCAAAGACAGCCGCCCUGUCAAAAGAGUCCAACGACCAAGAGGACAAGCUGACACAUCCCACUGAAAAAAAGUGGAACCAAGUGGUGCGGCGGCUCCGAAAGGGCUCCAGCUUCAUCAGCAGGGCGGGCCGAACGGAGGCCGACACGGACGCGAGGACUCGGCUGUUUGGGCAGCCCCUCUGCAAGGUUUGCCCCGACGACUGCUCACUGCCCAAACCAGUCACAGAGAUGCUGGUGUUGCUGAGGAAGAGGGGUCCGUCCACCGAGGGCGUGUUUCGGAAGCCGUGCAACAACAAGAACAUGAAGGACAUCAGGGAGCAGCUCAGCGGCGGCCUGGAGGUGGACCUGCAGGGCCAGCCGGUCGUUCUGCUCGUCGGGCUUCUCAAAAGUUUCCUGAAGGAGCUUCCUGGCAGCCUGCUGGUGUCUGAACUUUACGACACCUGGAUGGCAGCACUGGACGCCGAGGACUCUCAGCGGAGAGGCCCGGAAAUCAGAAAGGUGGUAGACCAGCUCCCGGGGCACAACAAACUCCUGCUUCAGCAUCUGGUCUGCGUCCUCCAUCACAUCCUCCAGAGCGCUGACAUCAACAAGAUGGACGGCCACAACCUGGCGGUGUGCAUCGCCCCCACGCUGCUGCAGCUGGACGGCACGCCGCUGGAUGAGCAGAAGGAGAAGAUGAAGAAGGUCACAGAGCUAACUGAGGUUCUGAUCAAGCACUGUGAGAUCCUUGGAGAGAAUAUCCCCAGUCUGCUGGACACUGACGACGACUCUCUGUCCUCUCAGCACCACGACUCUGCGUAUGACAGCACCGACCCAGAAGGAGAUGGGGAGGCAGGGGAGAGCACCAGCUCCACAUGCGGAGGGUGCGGCUCGUCCUCCUCCCUCGGUCCCUGCGCCGCUGCCGCCGCCGCCGCCGCCGCCGCCGCCGCCGGCACCACUUCCUGGGCAUCUGACGCCGUCUUCAACCCAAAGCCGCCGAUCCACCGUCGCUGCUCCGAGCCCAUCAUCCUCACCUCGCCCGAUCUCGAGAGCCUGUGUGGCCACGCCAGGAGCCACGAGGACUGCUCCGUGGAGCGGGGGGACUUUGAGGAGCAGCCUCUGAAGAAGCAGAUCUCCGACGACUCAUUCUUGCUCAGGGGACGGGGGCGACCCGGGUCGGUCCUGUCGUUUCAAAAGCUGAGCACCGGCUCCGACAUGGAUCUUCUGCCCUACGCGGCGGGAAGCCGCGUCAAGGACUGCUCGUGCUCUUCGCUGGAGAGCGCUGCCUCGAACCUGUCAGACGGCUCCGUCUUCACCAGUUCCCCAUUGGGGUCACCAGCCUGCCCCAGGAGAGCAAGCACCACCAACCAGCCCUCGGCGGCUGCAAAGGCUCCCCAGGACAUUCCCAGACCGAUUUCAGAUGAGAAGAGGCACUCGCAGUCCAUGAGAGUGGCCAGCAAAGUCCUAAUGAGGACCAGGAGUUUAGGAGCCUUCGGCAGGAGCAGCCUGAAGAAAGACUCUCAGAAGGAGAACUCCUUCCCCUGCGAAACGCUCCAGGAGGACUCGCAGAGCGAAGCCGACCCGGCGGCCGAGCACAGGCCGCGCCCUCUGUCGUCCAUCGAGGUGUUCAAGCAGGUGGACAGCCGGCUGCCCUGCAGGCCUCCGUCGUACGAGCAGUCCCUGCACAACGUGGGCCUCCCGCCGCACUACGGGCCAAUGACCGUGCAGGACGCCAGGGAGAAGAGGUCCCGCCCCUCCUCUGUGAACUACGACUUCCCCGCGUCCUGCUCCGCCGCGCAGCACACAGACUGUUCCGCUCGGGCAGCACAGCACAGCGCUGUUGAGCGGCCGCAUCCUUUUCGCCAGAGAGCCAUGUCCGAGUCUGUGUCCAGAGGCCAUCGCGAGGUUGUGUCCCGGAGAUGCAGCCAGCCCGUGUUCGAGGAAUUUUCCUACGCCAAGGAGUCUUAUGUUUGAUUGGCCUUUGGAACACGGACAUUCCUUGAAGGCGGAACGGCAACUCCCCUCUUCUCAGUUUUAUUCCUUCAGGGCCGCGUCAUGCACGGACUUGGGGCGUCAUUGUCUAACCUUAAUUUGUUCGGAUGGCACGUUUUGAUUUACUUGCAAUUCAGUUGCUCAGUGAUAGCAGCUACGUCUAGUUCUUAUCUUUUGUCUGCCCUGUUCUUGUAUAUGAAAACAUGUUUCACUGUUUCACUUUGAAUGUGAGUUUUGUGCCGCCUCUGUGGUCGCACUGCCUGAGUAGUACCAUUUAGAGUACAAAUAUUAAAAUAUAUGUUACCAUGAUAGCUAUGUAGUCUGUCACAAUGAAGCUAUGGAAACACAGUUUGCUGUGGAUAAAAAAUAUGCUAUUACUUUCUAUCUUUCUUUCUUUCUUUCUUUGUUGAUGUAGAGCCUUUUGACCACUCUGGUGGGUUUAUUUUUAUUUUUUUUGUAAAACCAUCUUCACCAUCUUCAACUACAUUAAAGCACUUUUCUGGUGACUGAAUCAUUUGUAUACAUGUAUGCAAAAAAAAAGGUAAAUAAAGGCCAAUGGAUAUA